AUGCGUCUACUAAUUGGUGGACGCAGGGCAGGGCGAAGGACUAUUAUUACCUUGGCUAUGUGCUCCUAUCAAUUUGCCGGAGCAUCUGUAAAGUGCUACGAAUAUAAGCAAGAGGGUCUUCGUCGCGCGUCCAUACAUUGCUCCGCCGAGACCUUGUCCGCUUCGCAAGGACGCACGGGCCCUGCUAAUCCUGCCAUUUUUCAACUAGCGUGGACGCGGGAAAGUCUUCUGUAG